AUCCAAAAUUUUGAGAUUAUUGAAUAAAGCAUUUAUCUCAAAUAAAAGAGGGACAGACCGAGAGGAAUAGAGGGGCCUCUCUCCUCUCGUCUCUCGUCGUUCCGGUCUCUGAAAUCUCGGCCCCAACUAACGGAAUUUCGCUUUCGUUUCUCCGACAGAUCGGUCCGUAACGCCCGCGGUUUCUCCAUCGUAUGUUUGUACGUUGACAUAUAUCCGAUCUCGGAGCUCUGAGAUUUCUCUGGUCUCCGAAGGUCUCUACCGCAUUUCAGAAUCCUAUGAGUCCUCCUCAGCACUGUGCCCAGGGUUGAUCUUGGAAACAAGGCAUUUGGGAGGGUCUCAACAUGAGCACCUGGUUAGAGCCGCUCACUGGUGAAAAUAGGGGAUUCUAUUCAAAUGGGGCUCAUGGUGAAGAUGUUGAACAGCUAGAGAGUUUUGGGGGUAUGGCGGAAGGUGACCGGCAGUCUUCUCUGGUGGAGUGGUUAAAUGGUAUGCUUCCUCAUUUAAAUUUGCCAUUGGAAGCUUCAGAGGAGGAACUGAGAGCAUGCUUGAGUGAUGGCACUGUUUUAUGCAGUAUCUUGAACAAGCUCAGUCCUGGUUUGGUAGAAAUGGGAGGCGGCGGUUCUGAGACCGUACCAAAUGCCAGAACGUUUUUGGCAGCUAUCAAUGAAAUAGGAUUCCCUGGCUUUGAACUAUCUGAUCUAGAGCAGGGAUCUAUGGUGCCAGUUUUGCAGUGCCUUAAUACCCUUAGGGUUCAAUUUAACUCUAAUGUUGGUGGAGAGAACUUCCAAAAUCAUUUGAGAAAAAGGUGGGAUAUGUCAGAGGUAGGCUCUUUAAAGGGAAUCGAUUACUCUGAAAGGUAUGUUUCAUGUGGACAACAUUCAGCUGAAAAUGGAGGAGAAUGGCAAAGAGACUCUGUUGAUGCCAGAUUUCAACAUUCUUUGCAUGGUCCUUCAGAGUCAUCAGAUGCUUUAAUACAUCAUCUUGGAUAUAAAUUGCAUGACAUGUUGCAAUUGAAGCAAGGAUGUUUUCCUGAUUCUUCUGAUGCCAAAAUUGUUGAGAUGAUCAGGUCUAACAAUUUGGAUAAGGUAUCAACUCAAUCACUUUUCAACAUAGUGAAUAAGAUUUUGGAUGAUAGCUUGCAAAGAAACCACGGGGAUGUUCUUGAGUUUGUGGCAUGGUUGUUGAGAAAAGUCAUCCAAGUGAUUGAAGAGCGAAGUUCAACUCUAGCAGAAAACUUAAGAACUCAAAAUAAUCUUUAUAAAGUUCGUGAGGAAAAGUAUCAAUCAAGAAUAAGAGUACUUGAGGCCCUUGCAACAGGGACUAGCGAAGAAAUUGAGGUUGUCAUGAAACAACUUCAACAGAUAAAGAUUGAGAAAAACCAAAUAGAAGAUAAAAAGAAACUUGAAGAGCAGGAAGUGCAGAAGUUAAGGGAGGAGAAGGCUCGUAGUAACAUGGAGAUUUUGACACUAAAAGAAGAGCUAGAAAUGGCCAAAAGGACACAUGAAGCUCAUUGUUUGCAAUUAGAAUCAAAUGCUAAGGAAGCUAAAGUUGAGUCGCAGAAAAAGUUAACAGAACUUGAGUGCCUUUUAACAGAUUCGAGGAAGAAAGUAGAAGAGCUUGAGGGAUUUUCUGAAUCUAAAUUACGGAGAUGGAAAAAGAAAGAAAGAAUCUAUCAGAGCUCUAUAGAUUAUCAAUUUGGAGCUUUGCAGGAAUUAAGGGCAGCUUUAGAGUCCAUAAAACAUGAAGUGUUGAAGACAAAAAGAAGUUACCCAGAGGAAAUCAAUUACCUGGGACUUAAGCUUAAAGGACUAGCAGAUGCUGCUGAAAAUUACCACAUGGUUUUAACUGAAAAUCGUAGGUUGUACAACGAGGUUCAGGACUUGAAAGGAAAUAUUAGAGUUUAUUGUCGCAUAAGACCAUUCCUUCCAGGACAAAGUAAGAAGCAGACCAUUAUCGAAUAUAUUGGUGAAAAUGGUGAACUAGUUCUUGUGAAUCCCUCUAAACAAGGAAAAGACAGCCGUAGAUUGUUCAAGUUUAACAAGGUUUUUGGUCCAACAUCUACUCAAGAGGAGGUAUUUAUGGACACCCAACCGUUAAUCCGGUCUGUCCUUGAUGGAUACAAUGUCUGCAUAUUUGCUUAUGGCCAAACAGGCUCGGGAAAGACAUAUACGAUGAGUGGGCCUAGUGUAUCUUCAGAAGAGGACUGGGGGGUCAACUAUCGGGCAUUAAAUGAUCUUUUCCAGAUUUCUAAAAGCAGGAAAAGCUCCAUUGCAUAUGAAGUUGCUGUUCAGAUGGUUGAGAUAUAUAAUGAACAAGUUCGUGAUCUUCUAUCAACUGAUGGCCCUCAAAAAAGACUUGGGAUUUGGAACACCACGCUACCGAAUGGGUUAGCUGUCCCUGAGGCAGGCAUGCACCCUGUUCAGUCAACUGCAGAUGUCUUGGAGUUAAUGAACAUUGGUUUAAUGAAUAGGGCAGUUGGUGCCACAGCCCUGAAUGAAAGGAGUAGCAGAUCCCAUAGCGUUCUCACUGUUCACGUUCGAGGCAUAGACUUGGAGACCGAUGCUGUUUUGCGUGGUAGUCUACAUUUGGUAGAUCUUGCCGGUAGUGAAAGAGUGGGUCGGUCUGAAGCAACUGGGGAUAGGCUUAGGGAGGCACAACAUAUAAACAAAUCACUAUCAGCUCUUGGAGAUGUAAUUUUUGCUCUAGCACAAAAGAAUCUACAUGUACCUUACAGAAAUAGCAAAUUAACUCAAGUACUUCAGGCUUCUUUAGGUGGUCAAGCAAAAACCCUCAUGUUUGUACAGCUUAAUCCGGAUAUAGAUUCCUACUUCGAAACUAUAAGUACCUUGAAGUUUGCAGAGAGGGUUUCUGGUGUAGAAUUAGGUGCUGCUCAGAGCAACAAAGAGGGAAGAGAUGUCAGAGAACUUAUGGAACAGGUGGCAUCCCUCAAGGACAUAGUUGCAAAGAAAGAUGUUGAGAUUGAGCACUUGCAGCGUCUCAAGGCUAGUGCCAAUGGUACGAAGCGUGGCAUGACCUCAUUUAGGCAUGGGUCUUCCUCUCCGAGAAGACACUCCGUAGGGACUUCUCGACAAAGGCAAAGUCUGAGAGGAGGAAAAGGUUCGGGGCUUAUGGAGAAAGCAGCUUCAGACAUGGAUAACUGUUCAGAGUACAGCGAUAAGCACUCUGAUGCUGGUUCUCAGCACUCAAUGGAAGGAUUUAGUAGACAUCAGAAGGAAUUGUCUCCUCACUUGAAGCUAUCUGGAGGGGAUCUAGGCCAGUAUUCUAAUGAAGACAUUGAGCUCUUGGGCUUUGGGGAUGCAGAUUCUGAGGAAAGAUUAAGCGAUAUAUCUGAUGGUGGUCUUUCAAUGGGAACAGAAACUGAAGGCUCAAUAUGCAGUGUUGUGGAGUACACUCUUUUCCCUGAAGUUGCAAAACCACCUGAAAACACAUCUCCCGAGUGCAUACCAGCUGAGAACACGCCUGUUCAGAACAAAGGGAAGCUACUGAUGCUAGAACGCAGGCCAAGUUUACCAUCUAAACUUCCAAAGCCCACUCCAAAGCCGGUGCAGACUAAAUGUUCUUGGCAAUCAUUGACCAGCAGCUCCUCAAAGAUUUCAUCAUCAAGUGCUAGGAAAACUUAUGCUGGCAGUUCCUCUGCACCAAAGCCCCUCAAACGGUGGCAAUGAGUUUGGUUGGCUGGGGAAGAAGAGAAUUCUUAUGACCUAACUAGCUUGUAUCUAUGGUAGGAACCCACUGUAGUUCUGUACUCUUUUAACUUUACUGUGCGCCUUAGUUUAGAUUAUGCCCUGCUUCCAUUUAUGUCUCGUAUUGGAAGAGGCGAUUGAAACCUUCCCACUCUGUAAAAUGUGUAGGUUUAGGAUCAUAGUGCAACUUCCUUCUGUUGGAUUUCUCUA